CUAUUCUUGGUGGAGGCGUGAAAAUCGUCAGAUACACAGACCAGUUAAAAGAAAUGGAGGACAAGGCUCAGAUACAAGACGCGAUUAAGACCCAAGGCGAAGUGGUCCGGAAGCUAAAGUCGGAGAAGGCGACCAAAGAGCAGUGCUAGGGUUGCUUACCACUUUUCUCCUGUUCUUCCUGCCUGACUCUGGGUGACCCCCUGCCUUCCUUGACCCCCUCAACAUCACCAUCAUCACCAUCUGGGGAAUCCAACACUCCUGGACGUUACUACACAACUCUACCUGUACUCACCAUUGGGAUUCGCUGCCUUGGCUGGACCUGGGAAUUACCAUUGGACAAUGCUGUACCUUUGAUGUACUCCUGAAUUUUUUCUUGUUCAAAACGUUUUUUUAAAUAUUCACCUUUCUGUGGAAUGUACAUGCUGGGCAUGUUUUGUGCUCGUGCUUGCUCUGGUCUGAUGGCCAUUCGGACUGCAUCACAUGUCCGAUUUCUCCAUUCUUUUCCGGGGAUCACUGUGGCUCAGAUUGACGAAGAGGUAGCCAAACUGCUGGAACUGAAGGCUCGGAUAGGAGGUGAUGAUGGAAAACAUCAGUUUGUCCUCAAGACAGCAAAGGGAACGAGGGAUUACAACCCCAAGCAGAUGGCCAUCAGAGAGAAGGUCUUCAACACAAUCAUCAGCUGCUUCAAACGUCACGGAGCAGAGACCAUCGACACACCUGUUUUUGAACUGAAGGAAACAUUGACAGGGAAAUAUGGAGAAGAUUCCAAGCUCAUCUACGACCUUAAGGACCAAGGAGGAGAGCUGCUGUCCCUCAGAUAUGACCUCACUGUGCCCUUUGCCCGCUACCUGGCAAUGAACAAGAUAACCAACAUCAAGCGCUACCACAUUGCUAAGGUCUAUCGCCGUGACAACCCAGCCAUGACCCGUGGACGCUACAGAGAGUUUUAUCAAUGUGAUUUUGACAUAGCAGGGCAGUAUGAUGCCAUGAUUCCAGAUGCUGAGUGUCUGAAGAUUGUUCAUGAAAUUUUCAGUGAGCUGGAGCUCGGAGACUUCUGUAUCAAGGUCAAUGACAGGCGUAUUCUGGAUGGUAUGUUUGCUGUGUGUGGGGUUCCAGAUGACAAGUUUCGUACCAUCUGUUCAACUGUGGAUAAACUGGACAAGAUGGCCUGGGAGGACGUAAAGAAGGAGAUGGUGAAUGAGAAGGGCUUGUCAGAGGAGGUUGCUGACCAGAUUGGGGAGUACGUCAGCAUGAAGGGUGGAAUGGACUUGGCAGAGCGCCUUCUUCAGGACCAGAAAAUGUGUAAGAGUAAACAGGCCUGCGCUGGCCUCUCCGACAUCAAGCUGCUCUUCAGCUACCUGCAACUCUUCCAGGUCACAGACAAGGUGGUAUUUGACCUCAGUCUGGCCCGUGGACUGGAUUAUUAUACAGGAAUUAUUUACGAGGGAGUGCUAACUCAGGCAGGUGUGACCGUAGUCUCCAACGAAGCCCAAAAAGGGGCCCCUUCAGAGGAGAGUGUCAGUGUAGGCAGUGUGGCAGGAGGAGGUCGCUACGAUGGCCUCGUCGGCAUGUUCGACCCUAAGGGCAGGAAAGUGCCGUGUGUGGGCGUGAGCAUCGGGAUCGAGAGGAUCUUCUCCAUCAUGGAGCAGAAGGCUGAGGCGUCAGCAGAGAAGGUUCGUACCACAGAGGUUCAGGUGAUGGUCGCAUCUGCUCAGAAGAACCUGCUGGAGGAGAGACUCAAACUAAUCACCGAUCUCUGGAAUGCUGGCAUUAAGGCAGAGGUUAUGUACAAGAAGAACCCCAAACUGCUGAGUCAACUGCAGCACUGUGAGGAGUCGGGCAUCCCCCUCGUGGCCAUACUUGGAGAACAGGAGCUUAAAGAUGGAGUGGUCAAACUACGCAUUGUGGCCACCAGAGAGGAGUUUGAUAUUUCCAGAGCGGAUCUUAUUGGCGAGAUCAAGAAGAGGACAUCUGAGGCCUAAUUAUUGCUUUAUUCAAAAUCCGAACUUCUACAACAUCUGAUGGGUGUCCACAUAGAUGCUCUGCAGAAUCUCUUUUUUUCCGUCUAUUCCUUUACAGAGCAUGAUGGACAUCAGUGCAGCUCUGAGAACACGCAUCCACUCAUUUUCACAGCAGCCAAUUAACUGGGUGUGACAUGGAGCAGGUGGUGCUUCUGUUACACGAUGUACAGUUGCAAUCAAACAUAUUCAACCCUCUUAAGGUUUUAAGGAUCUUUCAAUUAAAGUUUUUUCAAGCGCAAGAUUCUGCUUCGGGUGUCUUCUUUAUGAGUUGAGUGAUACAUAAAAUCAACACAGAAAAUGCAUGAUGUAGUAUUUGUGUGUAACAGUAUAUUUUGUUAAGAUAGCCAAGUCACAAUUAUUCAACCUCUAUAUAAUAUUGUUGUUUUAAAGCUGUAUUUAAAAACAGUUUUUAUGGCCUAAAGUAAAUGGUAAAUGGUUUUGUAUUCACUAGCGCUUUUCUAGUCUUGAUGACCACUCCAAGUGCUUUACAGUAGUUUUACAUUCUCAGUCACCAGAUGUAAAUCCGAUUGAAAAUCUUCAGUGGGAUUUAAAGAAGGCAGUUGCAGCACGGAGGCCAUCAAACAUCACUGACCUAGAGGCUUUAGCACGUAAAAAAUGGGCAAAGAUUCUGAUCGAGAGGUGUGAGAAGCUUGUCAGCACUUAACGAAAACGUUUGUUAGAAGUUGGAAAAGCUAGAGGAUGCACCACAAAGUACUGAAGCUGGGGGGUUGAAUAAUACUGAACGUGUUAAAAAAGCUAAAUUUUUCAUUUUAACUUCAAAGAUAAGUCAACUUCUGUUGUCAAAAUAACUUGUAUGUAUCAACAAAUAUUUCGUCAUUUGUCAUUAUCUUUCAUCCACAUCACAAUGUCUUUUGAGGUGAGAGGGUUAAAUAUUUCUGAUUGCAACUGUAACAGAGCAUGAAGCCAAAAGCAAUCGAUCUUAGAUGAUGUGCCUCUUAAAAAAGAGAACAUCCAAUAAAAUAUGAUAAACCUAUAGUGAAAUGUAA